UUAAGCAGUGGCGGUCAACAUUUUUAGACUCAAGGCACCCCAACAUAACUUGCAUAUUGAGCAGCACCGCAUCUCAGAAAUGCACGUAUUGCAGUGCUUGCCUUUUUCAGGGGGGCUGAGCAGCGAGAGUGGGGAAACAGUUGUGCAGGGAGAGCUUGAGCCCGCCUUUAUCUACUUAUUUCCUCACACUUCCUGUGGUGUCCUGAUUUAGAAUUACUGCUUUAGGCAUAUGGCAUUUUGGACAGACUAACAAGUUGAUUCAUAAGUUUUACUCUUGCUAAACAUUAACCUGCUAUCUAUUUAUUUUUGCUACAGGAAGUGUUAUUGGAGAUGGGGCUGAGAAGAAUCCAUUAGGCCCUUGGCCUCUGAAGACCUUGGACUUGUUGGAGCAUUCGGUAGAUGUAAGAAUGUGGCAAGCCUACCAUACAGGCCUGGUAAAGUUUCUUGCCUUCAGAGAAAACAUGGGAAUGCCUCCAGAAUGGCCAAUUCCACCGUAUCAAAGUAGAGGAUUUGUGGUGGCUAUGGAGUCCCUAGGCUUACCUUCACCAAAAAUACUGAUGUACUUGGCAGCACUCUCCUAUCUCUCCAAAUUGACAGGUCAUACUGAUCCUCUUGAAGACUUUGUAAACAGGCAUAUGGUGGUAGCAUUGUGUCAGAGGGAUGAUGCUCCAAGGGGUGGUGCUGCUCCUGUAACCAUUGAGGUCUUGCGAUCGAUCCUGGGAUCUGUGGAGUCUGUUUGCAGCUCACAGUACGAGUGUUUACUUUUUCGUGCUGUAUUUACUGUGGCAUUCUUUGGAGCACUUCGGGUGCAGGAAAUGGUGGCAGAGCAUCAGAACUGGGCACAGCCAGAGCUUCUAUUCCUGAGUGAUCUCCAGCUGACGGGAGAGAGAGCAAACCUUCAAUUACAUACAUCCUUCCUGGGUCAAGAAAGAUUUUUGAUUUCUCUUGGACUAUGUGGAGAGACCUGGGUAUGCCCUGUUGAAGCACUCUGGAACUAUGUGGCAGCUAGGCCACGCGGGGAAGGACCUCUCUUUGUUCAUUCUGAAGGUAUACCUCUGACAAAGAGACGGUUCUUGGCUGUCUUCCGUUCUUCUUUAAGGCUACUCGGCCUUCGUUCAGAGUGCUAUGGUGCCCAUUCCUUCUGGUUGGGAACUACGGUAACACUAAUAAGAAGUGGAUACUCUGAGGAAGAUGUUAUGCGGCUAGCAAGAUGGCCUUGUAAGAUCCUUGGAAGGACAUAACGUAACAAGUUAUGUGGUGACCUCACUAGGUUUAUCCCAGCCUUAAUUUCCUACUGGUGGUCUACUUGUAUUACAAAUAGUAUUCCCUCUAACUUCACAAGAAUGUGAAGGAGUGGGGAGGGCAGCUGUCAAAACAUUAAAAAUAAUGGGGAUAAUCUCUUGCAGCUGCAUUCUCCUCUCUUUCCCCUCCCCUCAUCUUUAAGGACUUUGAUAGUGGCCCUUGAAUUGACUAGCUCCAUCCACUUUUAAAUGCUGCUAAUGCCACAAGCACUGCACUGCGAGUGCUGUAAACUUUACUCAUUAAGUAAUAUAGAGCUGCUUGCGCUGGAGUUCCAGCAGCCCUGAAACAGACUAGUUUCUUCUCGCUUGUAAAGCUUCUAGUAGUUGCUUUCAGUGCUGCUGUUUAGAAGCAUUGAAAAUGAGGAGCUAGUCAGUCUCAUGGCUGUUAAUAUUGCAGCCCUGACAGUGCUGUGGACCUUUUAUUAAACUCCUUAUUAAGUUUGGAUAGAUGUCCAAAGUACAAAGUGCAUGUGCUUUAUUACCUACAAUGCAAGGUUAAAUGCUAGCUGUAUUUCUGCUUAUCCAGUGUGUGUUAAUAAACUUAUUAACGAAACUAAUUUGUCUACCAAACUUUAAUAAUUAAAAAAGCAUCCAACUCAACAAAGGCCAGCAUAUAGGGACAGAGGUCAACAGUGCUUCCAUAACUCAAGUCAGUGUCUUCUGAGGAGAGUUUUACGUUUUGUUCUUUUCUUCCUUUCAGGCUCAGAUAGGCUAUGAAGUGUAAGGAAGCUAUGUCAAGCUCUUGUUUCUUCACCUCUAUGUAAUCUGUUUAAGGAUUCCUUCCUUCCUUGUCCCCUUUAGUUUCCUGAAAUUCUGCAGAAUAAAAGGGGCACUAUUGUGCUUUUAGUUUUUUAAUUUGUUCUUAACAGAUAGAACUUCCAUUCUCCUUACCCUUUCUGGUCUGGAGGGAGAAGUCCUUUUUCCAAGGACUUAUGCCAGGUUUCUAAGUAAGCAUUUCUUCUCAUCUGUAGAAUGCUGAUGUGGUAAGAUGGCUUUAACUGAAAAGCUUCCCAAACUUUUUGAACCCAGUCAAUGAUUUUUCUCUCUCCCUCUCCCCCUACCUCCCUUGUAAUUGUAAAUCUUUUAGCCACUGAAUACAAGGGAUUAGUUAUCUAUUACUUUGUUGCAGAAUUCUCAGGAGCAUGUUCAAUAAGAACAUUAUGGGGUUAUCUGGAAAAAAAAUGAUUUUAAAAAUUGGAUUUUUAAAAUUUAUUUAAAAUAAUAUAAAUUGUUUUCCUUAAAUAUAAACUGGCUUAAAAUUUUAAAUUUGAAUUUAAUGCAGCAUAGGCCAGGGUAUACAUUUAGUGUAAUGUAUUUUAAAAUUUCAUUUAACCCUUGAAGUCAAGCUUUAAAAAUAUAGCACUAUUUCAGGUAUUUGGGGCUUGAGUCCCCCCCACACAGGGGAAGCAGGGUCUGCCUUAAAGGAUGCAAAGGAUCCGCAAAGUCAUCGCAGGUACGGGAACCUUGCCUCUGACUCCAGCAGACACCAACAUGUGUACUUCUUGAUGUUGAAGUUUGAAAAGAACUUCAAGAAAUACCCAACAGACAGUAAAAUGGAUGGAUCAGACACUUACUCUCUCAUUUUUUUCCCAAUAUUCUUACACAAAGUACCACAGUAGAUGCCUAACUGCUGAAAAGGAAAAUGCUGCUAUGGCAUGGACAUCUACUAAUCACACAUCAUUCAUGCCAACCAUAAUAAAUGUCAGGACUAAAGGUGAACCACUGAAGCAGCACAUGAUUGCUCGGGAUGUUUUAAAGAAAGUGACACCACUGUGGAAGUCACUAGCGAAGCACCUGAAACCAAAGUUUUUUGAAGUGCUAAACCAACUUUUACCAGCAGUAGCCUCUCUUGCAGGUGCUGAAAGAAUAUUUCUUUCAUUUGGUCCCCCCCAUUUAAAAAAAAAAAACCCCAAAAACCCCCUCUUUUUUUUUUUUUAAAGAGAAUUAGGCAAAUAGGAACCAGCACCUAGGGAAAGCUGCAUUCACUAACCACCGUUCACACUUGUAAUACAGUAUGUGAGCAAAAAGUUAAUCAUGUAUUGAAUUAGAUGUAUAUAUUUUGCCAUUUUACAGUGUACUAAAUUGUAGGAUUUCUAGCAGUCUAAAUGUUGUUUUUUUUAAUUUUAAUAAUGUGUAGUUUAUCUAGUUUGUGUACUUAAAAUGUGCACCAAAUCUGUAAAAACUAUUUAGUUUGUAAAUAAA